AUGGCGCUGAAGCGUAUUACGAAGGAACUCACCGAUCUUGGCCGUGACCCGCCCUCCUCCUGCUCUGCCGGCCCGUCUGGGGAGGAUCUUUUCCAAUGGCAAGCGACCAUCAUGGGUCCUAGCGACUCACCGUACGCCGGUGGCGUCUUCUUCCUGCAAAUUCAAUUCCCUACGGACUACCCGUUCAAACCGCCAAAGGUUCACUUCACAACCAGGAUCUACCAUCCGAACAUCAACGCGAAUGGCAGCAUUUGCUUAGAUAUCCUCCGGGACCAAUGGAGCCCAGCACUGACCAUAUCGAAGGUUCUCCUAUCCAUCUGCUCAAUGCUGACGGACCCCAACCCGGAUGACCCGCUUGUUCCGGAGAUCGCCCAUGUAUACAAGACAGACCGCGCAAAGUACGAACAGACAGCGCGGGAGUGGACUCGGAAGUAUGCGGUCUAG